CUGUAUUUUGCUGGCUCGCUCUCUACUCUUCUUCUCUUUCUUUAGCCUUCAGUCCUUUAGAGCAGAGUUAGUUGGUUAUCUCCAUCUCUCUCUCAAGAUCUCUCCUCUCUGAGCUUACUCGAUGCCGUUUCUAAGAACUCAACUCUUCUAGUACACGAAAUCGCUUCACAUUUUGAGCUCUCUCCCCUUCUAGUCUCCGUCGCAGCACAGAGAUGGAUAAUAGUAAUAGUAACGGCAGCAGCGGGGGGCAGCGGUUCCGGAAAAUACCUCGGCAUUCUCAGUCCCUUUCUCAUCUCAAGUUGGACCCGCUGGUAGAUGAAAAUUUGGAGCAGUGGCCACAUCUUAAUGAACUUGUUCAAUGUUAUAGAACUGAUUGGGUGAAGGAUGAAAACAAGUAUGGUCAUUAUGAAAGUAUCUCUCCAGUAUCUUUUCAAAACCAGAUUUUUGAAGGUCCGGAUACUGAUCUCGAGACAGAAAUGCAUCUUGCCAAUUCAAGACGAAACAAGGCUGAAGAGACCACCGAUGAUGACAUCCCAAGUACUUCAGGAAGGCAAUUUGUGGAGGCCGCCUUCCCCGACUCAUCAAAUUCUGUUGUUUCAAAGCAUUUUGGUGAAUCUCCUCUCCCUGCAUAUGAACCAGCUUUUGAUUGGGAUAAUGAGAGGUCGAUGAUAUUUGGCCAAAGGAUUCCUGAAACUCCAUUGCCACAGUAUGACAGUGGAUUGAAGAUCUCUGUGAAAGUACUGUCCCUAUCAUUUCAAGCAGGAUUAGCUGAGCCAUUUUAUGGUACAAUUUGCAUAUAUAAUAAGGAGAGAAGAGAAAAGUUGUCCGAGGAUUUUUAUUUUUCUGUGGUGCCAACAGACACACAAGAUGCAAAAAUUUCUCAUGAUCCUCGUGGAAUUUUCUAUUUAGAUGCUCCUUCAUCAUCAAUAUGUUUGCUAAUCCAACUAGAGAAGCCUGCCACAGAAGAAGGCGGGGUCACUGCCUCUGUUUAUUCACGUAAAGAACCUGUGCACUUGAGCGAGAGAGAGAAGCAGAAACUGCAGGUCUGGUCUCGUAUUAUGCCUUACAAAGAAUCCUUUGCCUGGACUAUUGUUCCAUUAUUUGAUAACAGUAUUGCUGCGACUUCCGGGGGGGCUGCUUCUCCAAGCAGCCCUCUUGCUCCAAGUGUAUCUGGCUCAAGCUCCCAUGACGGUGUUUUCGAGCCUGUUGCAAAGAUCACUCUGGAUGGGAAGUUGGGUUAUUCAAGUGGAAGCUCUGUUGUGGUUGAAAUAUCAAAUUUAAAUAAAGUUAAGGAAAGCUACACUGAGGACUCACUUCAGGAUCCUAAACGCAAAGUUCAUAAACCUGUCAAGGGUGUUCUCCGACUAGAAAUUGAAAAGCAUCAGACAGCCCAUGCUGAGUUGGAAAAUUUAUCAGAAACUGGCAGUAUAACCAAUGAUUCCAUUGAUCUGGGGGAUCGUGUUGCUGAUUCUGCAUUUACAAAAUCCCCUAGCAAUGGCUUUGAUGAUCCUCAAACUAGUGGUUCGAAGUGGAAUAUCUUUGAUGGGAAAGAAACAUCUGGAAAUAUAUCAAAUGCUCGUGAAAAUCCUGAUUUCACUGCUGAUGAUUUUCAAGCUUUUGAUUUCCGCACGACCACGAGGAACGAGCCUUUCUUGCAGCUUUUCCAUUGCCUGUAUGUUUACCCAUUAACUGUCAGUUUGAGUCGGAAGAGGAAUUUGUUCAUUCGGGUUGAACUAAGGAAGGAUGACGUGGAUGUUCGUAGACAGCCUUUAGAGGCAAUGCAUCCCAGGGAGCCAGGAACAUCGCUCCAAAAGUGGGCUCACACACAAGUAGCUGCUGGGACUAGAGUGGCUUGCUAUCAUGAUGAAAUCAAACUUUCUCUGCCAGCGAUUUGGACACCAUCCCAUCACCUCUUGUUCACUUUCUUCCAUGUUGAUCUUCAAACCAAACUGGAAGCUCCAAAACCAGUGGUUAUCGGAUAUGCAGUGCUUCCAUUAUCCACACAUGCACAGUUGAGAUCUGAAAUUUCUUUGCCAAUAAUGAGAGAGCUGGUUCCACAUUAUCUCCAGGAAAUGGGAAAGGAGAGGCUGGAUUAUUUGGAAGAUGGAAAAAAUGUCUUCAGAUUGCGCUUGAGACUAUGCUCAUCUCUGUAUCCCAUUAAUGAGCGCAUUAGAGAUUUUUUUAUUGAAUAUGAUAGGCACACUCUUCGUACUAGUCCACCUUGGGGAUCUGAACUUCUUGAGGCCAUUAAUAGUCUGAAGAACGUUGAUUCCACUGCUUUGCUUCAGUUUCUCCACCCAAUUUUGAAUAUGCUUCUCCAUCUUAUUGGCAGUGGUGGAGAAACUCUCCAGGUUGCAGCCUUCAGGGCCAUGGUUAAUAUCCUAACUAGGGUGCAGCAAGAGUCAGUUGAUGAUACUGAACGGAAUCGUUUUCUGGUUAACUAUGUUGAUUAUGCUUUUGAUGACUUUGGUGGUCGUCAACCACCUGUUUAUCCUGGUUUGUCCACUGUGUGGGGGAGUCUGGCUCGUAGCAAGGCUAAAGGCUAUCGUGUUGGACCAGUAUAUGAUGAUGUAUUGGCAAUGGCAUGGUUUUUCCUUGAGCUUAUUGUCAAGUCAAUGGCAUUGGAGCAAGCUCGUCUUUUCUAUCAUAGUCUUCCAUUGGGUGAAGAUGUUCCACCGAUGCAAUUGAAAGAAGGUGUGUUCAGAUGCAUCAUGCAGUUAUAUGAUUGCCUUCUUACAGAGGUGCAUGAGCGUUGUAAGAAGGGUUUAAGCUUGGCAAAACGUUUGAAUAGCAGUUUGGCCUUCUUCUGCUAUGAUCUUUUGUCAAUCAUUGAACCUCGUCAAGUUUUUGAAUUGGUGUCCUUGUACCUGGACAAGUUUUCUGGGGUAUGCCAAUCAGUUCUUCAUGACUGCAAGCUUACCUUUUUGCAAAUCAUAUGUGAUCAUGAUCUUUUUGUGGAGAUGCCGGGGAGGGACCCUUCAGAUAGAAACUACCUUGCAUCUGUUUUAAUACAAGAGCUUUUCCUUACUUGGGAUCAUGACGAGCUAUCUCAACGGUCAAAGGCAGCCAGAAUCUUAGUAGUACUGCUUUGCAAGCAUGAAUUUGAUGCUCGAUACCAAAAGCCUGAAGAUAAACUAUAUAUCGCACAGCUAUAUUUUCCACUUGUUGGCCAGAUCCUGGAUGAGAUGCCUGUCUUCUACAACCUGAAUGCUGUUGAAAAGCGUGAAGUUUUAAUUGUUAUUUUGCAAAUCAUGCGCAAUUUGGAUGAUACAUCGCUUGUCAAGGCGUGGCAGCAAAGCAUUGCUCGGACUAGAUUAUUUUUCAAACUCAUGGAGGAAUGCCUUGUUCUUUUUGAGCACAGAAAACCUGCUGAUGGCAUUCUUAUGGGAUCUAGUUCUCGCAGUCCUGUUGGGGAUGGACCUGCUUCUCCCAAGUACUCCGAUAGGCUCUCUCCAGCAAUCAACAAUUAUCUGUCUGAGGCAUCACGGCAAGAAGUCAGGCCUCAGGGUAAAACUGAUAAUGGAUAUUUGUGGCAGAGAGUGAAUUCCCAAUUAAGCUCCCCCAGCCAGCCAUAUUCCUUGAGAGAAGCACUUGCUCAGGCACAAUCUUCCAGGAUUGGAGCUUCAGCCCAAGCACUUAGAGAAUCCUUGCAUCCAAUAUUGAGACAAAAACUGGAGCUUUGGGAAGAAAACUUGAGUGCUGCUGUGAGUCUUCAGGUUCUGGAAAUAACUGAGAAGUUUUCUAUGAUGGCAGCUUCCCAUAGCAUUGCUACUGAUUAUGGGAAACUUGAUUGCCUCACAGCCAUAUUUACGAGCUUCUUCUCUCGAAAUCAACCAUUGUCUUUCUGGAAAGCUCUAUUUCCUGUCUUUAACAAUGUGUUUGAUCUUCAUGGGGCAACAUUAAUGGCCAGGGAGAACGAUCGUUUCUUAAAGCAGGUUGCUUUCCAUCUUCUUCGGCUUGCAGUUUUUAGAAACGAAAGUGUCAAGAAAAGAGCUGUUAUUGGCCUCCAGAUUCUUGUCAGGAGCGCUUUCUAUUACUUCAUGCAAACAGCAAGGUUGAGGGUCAUGCUGACUAUCACACUGUCAGAGCUGAUGUCUGAUGUGCAAGUGACUCAGAUGAAGUCUGAUGGAAUGCUAGAGGAGAGUGGUGAAGCAAAGCGUCUUCGCAAGUCUUUGGAGGAGGUGGCAGAUGAAUUGAAGACUCCUGACCUACUACGGGAAUGUGGAGUUCCUGAAAGUGCUCUGGUGGCAGUUCCAAAAAAGUUGGCAGACAAUAGGUGGUCCUGGAGUGAGGUGAAAUAUCUCUCAGACUGCCUUAUCCUGGCCCUUGAUGCUAGCCUUGAACAUGCACUCUUGGGUUCUGUAAUGACUGUGGAUAGAUAUGCGGCUGCAGAGAGCUUCUAUAAACUAGCAAUGGCAUUUGCUCCUGUUCCUGAUCUUCACAUAAUGUGGUUACUGCAUUUAUGCGAUGCGCAUCAGGAAAUGCAGUCUUGGGCUGAAGCUGCACAGUGUGCUGUGGCUGUUGCUGGUGUUGUAAUGCAGGCUCUUGUGGCUAGGAAUGAUGGUGUGUGGAGCAAAGAUCACGUGAUCUCUCUACGUAAAAUUUGCCCAAUGGUCAGCAGUGAGAUCACUGCUGAGGCAUCUGCAGCUGAGGUAGAGGGGUAUGGUUCUUCAAAGCUCACAGUGGACUCUGCUGUAAAAUAUCUACAGCUUGCUAAUAGGCUUUUCUCUCAAGCUGAGCUUUUUCAUUUCUGUGCAAACAUUCUGGAGCUUGUAAUACCAGUUCAUAAAAGUAGGAGGGCAUAUGGGCAGCUGGCUAAAUGUCACACCAUGCUUACUGAUAUCUAUGAAUCAAUUCUGGAGCAGGAAUCAAGCCCAAUUCCGUUCACUGAUGCCACAUACUAUAGGGUGGGAUUCUAUGGUGAAAGGUUUGGGAAACUAGAUAGGAAGGAAUAUGUAUACCGAGAGCCCCGUGAUGUACGGCUAGGUGACAUAAUGGAGAAACUUAGUCAUAUUUAUGAGUCUAGGAUGGACGACAAUCACACUUUGCAUAUUAUUCCAGAUUCUAGGCAAGUAAAGGCUGACGAGCUGCAGCCCGGAGUCUGCUACCUGCAGAUAACUGCUGUUGAUCCGGUCAUGGAAGAUGAAGAUUUAGGAAGCAGAAGGGAAAGGAUCUUUUCUCUUUCCACUGGAACUGUCCGGGCACGUGUCUUUGACCGCUUCUUGUUUGACACUCCAUUUACAAAAAAUGGUAAAACCCAAGGUGGAUUGGAAGACCAAUGGAAGAGGAGGACAGUUCUUCAGACUGAAGGCUCAUUCCCUGCUCUGGUGAACAGGCUUUUGGUAAUGAAAUCUGAAUCUCUUGAGUUCUCACCAGUCGAGAAUGCAAUUGGAAUGAUUGAAACUCGAACAGCUGCCUUACGAAACGAGCUUGAGGAGCCCCGCAGCUCUGAAGGCGAUCAGCUUCCACGUCUCCAAAGUUUGCAGAGAAUUCUCCAAGGCAGUGUUGCCGUUCAAGUAAACAGCGGCGUUUUGAGUGUCUGCACGGCCUUCCUGUCGGGUGAGCCUGCUACAAGGUUGCGUUCUCAAGAACUGCAGCAACUCAUUGCUGCCUUGCUUGAAUUCAUGGCUGUUUGCAAGCGCGCCAUUCGUGUACAUUUUAGAUUGAUUGGAGAGGAAGAUCAAGAUUUCCACACGCAGCUUGUGAACGGAUUUCAAUCGCUCACUGCAGAGUUAUCUCAUUACAUCCCAGCCAUUCUUGCAGAACUAUGACGUUGUUGUAACAUUAUCUGAUUCUACUACUCCGAUGGUAUGUUCAUAUAUCAUUAGUUGUAUUUUUUUUUUCCGGUGAAGCUGUGCAAUUAUUUCAUGUUUCGUAUAUAUAACCACUGUGUUCAGUGUAUUAUUUUUUCAACUCUCUAGUGCACUUGCUAAUCCAAGAGGUGCUUACUACCUGCAUGCUACUUUACAAA